UGUAUUGAAAGAUCCAAUUAUUUUUAGGUGUUUGUUUUUCCCCCACUAUCUAGUCUAGAUAAUAUUUACGUUAAAAUGAUUAGUAAAGGCUAGCUACCCCUGUUGCCCCGAGUACUUCUCACUUGUCUUGCGACAGUCACUGUCAAGUCAGUAGCGUUGAAUGAAACUUGGGAUGACAGGAAACACUGCCAUAGCAUCAGUGGCAGCUAGUCUCUACAAUAGCAGUAACAGGAACUCUUUUACACAUGGGGAAAAUUUAACUCCCAAAGCAAACUGCAAUCUCUACACUUGGGGCAAGAUAUCUAAUGAUGAGACUCGUUUUUUUGGGUCUGGUGAAAAAUAUUCCCCUUCCACUGGCUUCUCUUCCAAUGCAGCUACACACAGUACAUCUCCUGGCUUCAUUUCCAGGGGAGGCUUCUCACCUCCCUUUUUUGGUGUGAAAGAUUCUCCCUAUGCUGUGCACCACAAAAACCAGUAUAUGAACACCUUGUCCCCUGAAAGUGAGUCAUCCAUCUAUCAGGGGAGUCACUUCAUGACCCCAAACCACAACACUGGAAACAUAAGCAGCACAACCACACCUGUGCCAGGUGUUCAGAGAUCCCCAUGCUAUUGUCAGAAGUCCCCGAAAAUGAUUCUGUGUAAAACCUGCGGUGAAACUUUCACUGGUCGUGUCAGAGCAGUCUGCCCAGCUCAUCCAAAAAAAAUUUUCCUGAUGGAUAUUGAAUGCUGCAUUGUAUGCCAGUCAGAAAACCUGAAAGAAUUAUGUGAUGCCUAGUAGUAGUUUCCUUAUAAUCUGAAGUGGAUAACAUUCAUUCUGAAGUGGAUAGCAUCCAAUGUUUUGUUGUUCUUACAUUUUGUUUACAAUCAUAUUUUUCUUCUUACUUUAUAUUAAUUUAUUUAUUUAUUUAAGUACUCCAUUGAACUGCAUAUUUUAGUUUCAAAUAUUGUUACACUUAUAAUGUAAACAUACUUUUGAAAAGAAUUUUGAAACAGUAUUAAAACUUGUUACAAAUCA